AUGUCUUCUGAUGACGAGAAUUCUGAUACACAAUAUUCGGUUACUUUUGAGCAUGAUAACCAUGGUGAAUUGAUUAUCGAUUACGAACUUGUAGAAGUUGCCAAUGAUAAUAAGCAAGAAUUCAAUGAACAAGAUCGU